UAAAAAACAGUGUGGCUUCCAAAACCGGGAAGAAAGAAGAGAUUCACAUGAUGGAGUUGAUGCAGUAAAGUCGGAGGAACAGUCCUGACUUGUUAUAAUGGUAGCAGCGCGGUAUGAGUCUCAGAAGAUCAAACUAUCUAUCAGAUGAGUAUUUUUUUUUUGCAGUUUUUGCACUUUUGUUAACGCUAAUAAACACUGCCAGAUUUUAGACAGAUGCAGGGAAUUAGAUUUGAGCCUAAUCUCACAACCUUCACUGCAAGAGGUGAAACGGAAAAAAGCUACACGUUCACACACACAGCACUGCAGCACACACACCGCUCAUGAACCCAGUCACACCGGUGGACAGUAUGAGGGAUCUGUCUUGACCGCUUCAGCACUUUUUCACUGCUUUGUAUUUCUCUGUCCUUUUAUGCAGCUGCACAGCCCUGCUGGGAGAGCAUGGACACCCUGGCUGAGCCCAACCAAGUGACCUCCGACCUCCUGAACAGGGCUGGUCUGCACUCUCAGGAUUUACACACAAACACUGAGAAAACCACACCUGCGCACACAGGAGGUGUAGCAGGGUUGGUGGUGUGCUCUGUGUCGGUGGCCUCUCUCAGCGGGCUGAUGCUGGGCUAUGAGAUGGGUCUGAUCUCCGGAGCUCUGCUCCAGCUCAGGGAGGUGCUGGCGCUCACAUGCCCACAGCAGGAACAAGCCGUGGGCGCCCUCCUGCUCGGAGCCUUCCUCCUCUCCGUGGCCGGCGGUGCCAUCGUGGAUCGCUACGGCCGUCGCUUCUCCAUCAUCCUCACGGCGGCUCUGUGUGCGUGCGGCACCCUGCUGAGCGUCUCCGCUCCCUCCUUCUGGACGCUGGUGGCGGGCCGCGUGGUGGUGGGCAUGGCCGUGGCGCUCUCCGGUACGGCGGCGUGCCUGUACGUAGCGGAGGUGGCGCCCGCCGCCUGGCGCGGAAGGUGCAUUUGCGUGUACGAGCUGCAGGUGGUGCUGGGAGUGCUGCUGGGAUUCGGGUUAAGCUGGGUGUUCGCUGAAAUCGCGGAGGGUUGGAGGUUCACCCUGAGCGGGGUGCUGGUGCCCGCCGGUUUGCAGAUGUGCAUCAUGCCAUUUCUGCCUCAAAGUCCUCGGUUUCUUCUUGCUCGGCGGAGAGAAAAUGAGGCGCGAGAAACGCUCGCCCGCUUACGGGGCACCGUUCCUGAAUCCGUCGAGGAGGAAAUCCGGGGGAUCACGGCAGCUCUGGGUGCCGAGCGCCAGCAGGGCUUUUCGGAUCUGUUCAGUUCUCGUGCCAACAUGCGCAGAAGACUGUUUAUCGGCGCAGCAUUGGUGUUCCUCCAGCAAGCGACAGGGCAGCCUAAUCUCCUAGCCUACGCCUCUACUGUACUCCGCGGCGUGGGCUUCCAAAGCAAUCAGGCCGCCACGCUCGCCUCUACCGGCCUCGGUGUGGUCAAACUGGUUGGCACUGUUCCUGCGAUUCUAUUGGUCGACCGGGUAGGGCCCAAAACCUUUCUCUGUCUGGGCGCUGUCGUCAUGACCCUGUCAACAGCAACGCUCGGUGUGGUGACACUGCACAGCCAAACCCAAGUCGCCAGUUUGUGCCAAAACCACGCUCCGCUUAAUCAGAGCUCAGCGUGGAAGGGACUGGACACUGGUGUUAGGACAGAUGGACACCAGGGAUUGUUUAAUCAUGCACAUUCAUUUUCAGGACAGAACCAUCAUGCUUUCAACCACACUCAGGUACCGUGGAUUUUAAACCUCACACAGGACAGGGACUCAGGACUGGAAUCUGUGAGCGAGGUGUCUCCGUCUCUGAAAUGGAUCUCUCUGGUCAGUCUGCUCGUCUACGUGGCAGCUUUCUCCUUCAGUCUGGGACCAAUGGUCUAUGUGGUUCUGAGUGAGAUCUUUCCCACUGGGAUUCGAGGAAAAGCCGUGUCGGUGGUCUCUGCCUUCAACUGGGCAAUGAACCUGGUCAUAUCAAUGAGCUUCCUUACACUCACAGAAAAUAUCGGCCUACCCAGUGUGAUCUUCUCAUAUGCUGCUAUGAGCUUCGUGCUGCUGAUAUUUGUGAUCGUGUUCGUGCCGGAAACGAAGGGACGAUCGCUGGAACAGAUCUCAAAAGAGCUGGCCAUGAAGAAUCACCUGGGCAGCACACUGUUGUGCCAGAGAUGGCAAAAGAAGCCCAAGACUGACCAGCCACAGGAGGAGAAAUCUCUAGCAGCAGUCUGAUCAGAGAGACGAAUGAUGAAGAAUUAACACAAUCAACACGAGUUUGUUCUGCAGCGAUGGACGUACACAUCACCUGAUUAAUAGAUGUUAAGAGAGUGAUCGAGUGAUUCCUCACAAAACCGUGCUGAUCACGAUACUUUAGAGAAAAAAGAAAUGGUCAAGCAAAUAGCUAUGAAAUUGCUGUGAACCGUGUUACUGUUCCUCACACACACGCGCACACACACAAACCGAUGCACUACAGUAAUGAGUUCAGAUGCCUUGUCUUAACCAUUUAAGUACUUGACUGUAGUAACUAGGUUUUUUAAUGUAGUUUUCCAGGGUUAUUGCAAUAACUGUAAAGCAUCGAUUCAUUGUUUUGAAAUAAUAACAACAGAUUUUUAAGUCAGAUUUGAAAACUGUGGCAGUGUCAUCUGUUUAUGGGUGUGUUUUUACAAUCCUCCUAUCAGAGAACAGUGCUAUACUCAAAACCGGUUUGAAGCACAGAGCCGCCAUGGGUCUGUUAUCAUUUUUGUAGUCAUGCAUGGCUGCCGAACAGUUUCUCACAAUCAGAAGCACCGAAAAUCUCUCACCUUUGCAGCUUUACACUUUACUGUAGACCAGCAGUACACAGAUUGAGUCGCUGUAUUUGCUCCACACACAUUUGCACAUCUUUACUAACCAGUAGCUGCAAACGUGGCUUGAGAUUUUGGGUGCUUGAUAUGCAAUACCCGGGCGAUGCGUGGAGCGGACGGAGCAAGCCCCUCUUCCCACUCCCAGGCCUAAAAAUCCAUUUAAUAUAUGGUCCUCGGGUAGAGGACGUAUCAGAUAUUAAACUGAUAAAAACAGAUACUACACUUGAUCUUAGCAGCACUGCUCCAUUUUAACUGAUGACUGUUGUUUUUUUAAGAAAACUAUUAUGUACUGGAUGUACUCAAAAAUCUGAAUUUUCUGCCUAAAUUAGCAACUUUUUAUAUGUUUAAAUGUCCAUGAACUGACGCUUGUUAACUGAAAAGAUGAAUGAAAAUGUCAAUAAAAUAGGAGGUGAAGAACCAGCGGCACAAAUA